AUGAGUUAUCGACUAUUUGAAGAAGAAGAACAUACACGUAAAUAUCGUCUUCAUCGACCAAAUUAUCCAAAGCAAUUGUUUGAACAUAUUAUUAAUUAUUAUUUUAAUGGUAAUCAAACAAAUGAAAAAAUUCCACUCGCCCUUGAUGUUGAAUGUGGCAAUGGUCAAGCUACAAUUGGACUUAGCUUAUAUUGUGAUCGAGUAAUUGGUAUUGAUAUUAGUGAAAAUCAAAUAGCUCAUGCAAUUCAAAAAGAUAAUAUCGAAUAUCGAUUUAAACGUGUUUUGAAACCAAAUACUGGUGUUUUAGCUAUAUGGACAUAUGGAGUACGUACAUUGGAUAAUCUAAAUGCUGAUGUUAUUCAUUAUGAAUUUGAUCGAAUUAUCUUAUUUCCAUAUUGGAAUAGUAGACGAUGGUUAUGUGAUGAUUAUUAUAAAUUACUUUUACCAUUAUUACCCUACAAAUCAACUCUUGUUGAAUAUACAAUUGAACAAAAAAUCGAAACAUCAAUAGGACAAUAUAUUAAUUCAAUUGAAACUUAUUCUGCAUGUCAAACAUAUAGAAAACAAGAAGGUGAAAAAGCAUAUCAAGAUCUAUUAAAAACAUUUCGUGAAAAAAUAAUUGAUUCUUAUAUAAAAACUUUAAAUAGAACUACUAAUGAUGAAACAAUCGAUUUCAAUUCAAUUAAAUUAUCAAUAUCAGGUCUCAUAAGACUUUAUUUAAUGAGAAAAAAUGAUAUACAUUAA